UAGAGCUCCCACAGCAUCUCGCAACACGGCGCACAAUACGAACAACACACAUCGUAUAAGUACCCAUGUGGAGCAGAAAUGCGAUAGCGGACGAUAUUUAUCCGCGUAAAGAUAGGAUAGCGAAAGGCGUUCCAGGAGUGAACACAGCUGGGAGCACCCGUUUAGAACUACGCUCAGUACGAGACAAUUUUCAACAUGGAAAACGUCCGUGUAGUAGAUUUACGAAGCGACACCAUAACUAAACCAACGGCCGAAAUGAGACAGGCGAUGAAGGAUGCAGAAGUCGGGGACGACGUUAUGAGAGAAGAUCCCACUGUGAACGACCUGCAGCAAAUGGUUGCAGAAAUGCUCGGAAAGGAAGCUUCUCUGUUCAUUCCAACGGGGACGAUGGGGAACUUGGCUGCAGUGAUGGCUCAUUGCAAUGGUCGAGGACAGGAAGUACUAGUGGGUGACCAGUCACAUAUCUUCCUCAACGAACAAGGUGGGAUCGCACAGUUUGGAGGCGUGCACAGCUGGGCGGUACCUACUCAACGUGACGGCACUCUACUCGUCCAGGACUUGGAAGAUCGAUUCCGAAAGAACGAUUUUCAUUGCCCGAAAACGUCUCUCGUCUGCUUAGAAAACACGCACAACUUCUGCGGCGGCACAGUGUUGCCUUUGGCCUAUUUGGACAAGGUCGCCCUGUUUAAGGAAGCUCACAACCUGCCGCUUCACAUGGACGGGGCUCGAAUUAUGAAUGCAGCCGUAGCCCUGGACGUGAAACCGUCUGUUGUGCUCAAAGAUUGUGAUUCCGUCAACAUCUGCUUCUCCAAGGGCCUGGCUUGUCCAGUGGGGUCGCUCGUGGCCGGGACGCAAGACUUUGUGGAACGUAUCCGUCGCAUCCGAAAAGCUCUAGGGGGUGGAAUGCGACAGGUGGGAGUCCUAGCAGCUGCUGGCAUCGUGGCCUUGAAGACUGUAGUACCUAGGCUGCACGAAGACCAUGAGCAUGCCCAGAUCUUAGCCAGGGGAGUUGACCUCAAAGACAACCCAUUGAUACAUCUAGACCUGAAUUCUGUCCAGACAAACAUGGUCAUCUACGAGUUUCCCAGCGACAAACUCCUGCCGACCACGUUCUGUAAGCGUUUGCAAGAGGUGACCCCACAAGAGCUCGAAGACCUGGAUGAAUCUAUUCACGUCAAAAUGUUACCAAUCACCGUGAACAAGGCGCGUGCUGUAUUUCAUAAUGACGUCAGCAGGGAUGACGUCGACCUUGCAAUGAAAAAGAUCCGUUAUGUAGUCGGACAGUUUUCUAAAGAUUAAUUUGAGAAUGGGAAAAUUAGGGAAAGAAGCGAAGCCCGCAUAUUAAAGGCAUAUGUUUAUGCAGCA